AUGAACCCCACGGAUAUAGCAGACACCACCCUGGAUGAAAGUGUCUAUAGCAAUUACUAUCUCUACGAAAACAUCCCCAAGCCUUGCACCAAAGAAGGCAUCAAAGCGUUUGGGGAGCUCUUCCUGCCCCCUCUCUACUACUUGGUCUUUCUGUUUGGUCUCCUUGGAAAUUCUGUGGUGGUGCUAGUCCUGUUCAAGUACAAAAGGCUUAAGUCCAUGACUGACGUGUACCUGCUCAACCUUGCCAUCUCGGACCUGCUCUUCGUGCUCUCCCUCCCUUUCUGGGGCUACUAUGCUGCAGACCAGUGGGUUUUUGGACUCGGUCUCUGCAAGAUCAUUUCCUGGAUGUACUUGGUGGGUUUUUAUAGUGGCAUCUUCUUCAUCAUGCUCAUGAGCAUUGACAGAUACCUGGCGAUUGUGCAUGCGGUGUUCUCCCUGAGAGCGAGGACCUUGACUUAUGGGGUCAUCACCAGUUUGGCCACAUGGUCUGUGGCUGUACUGGCCUCCCUUCCAGGCCUUUUAUUCAGCACGUGUUAUACCGAGCGCAACCACACCUACUGCAAAACCAAGUACUCUCUCAACUCCACAAGGUGGAAGGUGCUGAGCUCUCUGGAGAUCAACAUUCUCGGAUUGGUGGUUCCCUUGGGCACCAUGUUGUUCUGCUACUCCAUGAUCAUCAGGACACUGCAGCACUGCAAAAAUGAGAAGAAGAGCAAGGCGGUGAGGAUGGUCUUUGCUGUGGUGGCCCUCUUCCUGGGGUUCUGGGCACCUUACAAUGUGGUGCUUUUCCUGGAGACACUGGUGGAGCUGGGGGUCCUUCAGGACUGCACCUUUGAAAGGCACCUGGACUACGCCAUUCAGGCCACAGAGACCCUGGCUUUCGUUCACUGCUGCCUUAAUCCAGUCAUCUACUUUUUCCUCGGGGAGAAAUUCCGCAAGUACAUCGUACAGCUCUUCAAAACCUGCAGGGGACCGUUCAUGUGCUGCCAAUACUGUAGGCUCCUCCAGCUCUACGCCCCUGACACUCCCAGCUCCUCCUACACGCAGUCCACCGGGGAUCACGAUCUCCAUGAUGCCCUGUGA